GACCGGAGUCCCAGCGGCAGUUUAGGAGAGUCUGAGCGGGGAAAACUGCGUCCAAUACGGGAGAACUCAAAGGGGGAAUCCGCAAUGAGUUGGGGAACGGAGCUCUGGGACCAGUUUGAUAAUCUGGACAAACACACUCAGUGGGGGAUUGACUUUCUUGAGCGCUACGCAAAGUUUGUCAAGGAGAGGCUGGACAUAGAGCAAAACUACGCCAAGCAGCUACGGAACUUGGUGAAGAAAUACUGUCCAAAACGCUCUAAAGAUGAAGAGCCGAGGUUCACGUCAUGUCUGUCAUUCUACUCCAUUCUGAAUGAACUUAAUGACUAUGCUGGUCAGAGGGAGGUGGUGGCAGAGGAGAUGGCGCAUAAGGUUUAUGGAGAGCUGAUGAGGUACAGCCAAGACCUUAAAGCUGAGAGGAAACAUCAUCUACAGGAGGGCAGGAAGGCUCAGCAGUAUUUGGAUCAUUGCUGGAAACAGAUGGACAAUAGCAAAAGGAAGUUUGAGAGAGAGUGUAAGGAAGCAGAGAAAUCCCAGGUGACCUACGAACGGUUAGAUAACGACAUCAACGCCACCAAGUCAGAAGUGGAGAAGGCCAAAGCACAGUUCUACCUGCGCACUCACACGGCUGAUGAGAGUAAGAACGAGUACGCGGCUCAGCUACAGAACUUCAACGCAGAGCAGUGGAAACAUUUCAACAACGCCAUACCACACAUCUUCAAGAAUCUGCAGGACAUGGACGAGCGUCGGACGGUGAAGCUCGGAGAGACGUAUCGAAGCUUUGCAGAGGCAGAGCGGAGAGUCAUUCCCAUUGUCUCCAAAUGUCUAGAAGGAAUGGUUUCUGCUGCCAAAGCUGUAGAUGAGCGACGGGAUUCAACCAUAGUUGUGGAGUCUUUUAAGUCAGGCUUUGACCCCCCAGGCGACUUCCCCUUCGAGGACUUUAGUCAGAAUUUGAGCAGAACAGGUUCAGACGGGACCAUCAGCAACACGCCCAAAGGAGACAGAGACAGAGACAGAGACAGAGAUGGAGCCCCGGGGUCACGGUCCGACCCGAAACACGCCAUAAGCAAAACCAAGAACAAGCUGUGGCUGUUUGGGAAGAAACCAAAGGCGCCUUCUCUGGAGGAUUUCAGCCACUUGCCUCCUGAGCAGAGGAGGAAGAGGCUGCAGCAGAGGAUUGAUGAACUCAGCAAAGAACUCCAGAAAGAGAUGGAUCAAAGAGACGCCCUGAACAAGAUGAAGGAUGUGUACGAGAAGAAUCCUCAGAUGGGAGACCCCAACAGCCUGCAGCCUAAAAUAUCGGAGACCAUUUGUAACAUGGAGAAGCUACGCUCUGAAAUCCAUAAAAACGAGACUUGGUUAUCUGAGGUGGAGGGAAAGCAGAGUUCCAGAGGAGACAGAAGACACAGCGCCGACAACCACCAUCACACUCCUCAAGGCAGAGAGAGUCCUGAGGGCAGUUACACAGACGACACCAGUCAGGAGCAUCACACGCCUCACCACCGCUCCACUCCUGCACAGCCCGGACCGCCCAACCCCGACCCGCAUGAGUUCGACGAUGAAUUUGAUGAUGACGACCCGCUGCCUGCCAUCGGACACUGCAAAGCGCUGUAUUCAUUUGACGGUCAGAACGAAGGGACACUGGUGAUGGCGGAAGAUGAGGUGUUGUACAUCAUCGAGGAGGAUAAAGGUGACGGUUGGACUCGGGCGAGAAAGCAGAGCGGGGAGGAGGGCUACGUUCCCACCUCCUACGUAGAAAUCACCCUGGAGAAAAACAGCAAAGGUUCCUGAGGGCUGCAGAGUGGCCGGGCGAUUUGAUUGGCUGGUGGAGGGCUCACGCUGAUUGCUGAUUAUUUGGUGGUGGGGGUGACCAAGAAAGAGAGAGAGAGUGAGAGAGAGAGGGAGGUGGAAGGUAGAGAGAAGGAAAGAGAUGAAGCGAGCUGCGAGGGAGGUUUGCAUGUCUGCAUGCUCACACAUCCAUAAUCAGCAAAGCAUUCUGGGAGACGAGAGGAAAGAAGGGAGCGAUGAAGGUAGAAGAGAUGAUAUCAAAGCUUUAACACACCUAACCCUCUGAACCCCAAACAGUUUCUGGAUGUUUUUUGGUCUUGUCACAUUUUUCCUCACUGUGAGCUCAUCGUUCCCUGUUUACAUGCGGCUCUACCUACUAUUCAUGUUGUUUAUUUUUACAUACAUUGUCUGUUUUCUGCUCUGUGUAAGCACAGCCUGCAGUUCAGCCAAAGAGUCACCAGAUUUGUGUUGCGUGACUGUCACAGAAUUAUUAGUUCUAUUUACAGAAUCUGGUGCAAACCGUUAAUUUUCAGAGAUUUUUUUUUCAAAUGACACAUGUAAAAGACGCCGAUAUUGAUGAAAUGUCACAAAUUUAAGCAUAGAUUUGAUUAAUAUUUUGUGAGAGAACUACAUGUCAGACAUAAUUAGCUGGAAAGUUGAAAAUCCAAUGAUUGGUUCUGCUUUUCCAGUUUCUGGCUUUGAUAAAUGGUGUAAUUUUGGUGUUGGGUUUCAGAGGGUUAAUGUCAUCAAGUAAGAUCCUGAUUUGUAUUCAGAGAAGUCCAACCCUGAACUGUGGGACAGUUUGUACUAAAAGCAGCAGCAGAAGAAGAAAAGAGCUUUCAGUUCAGCGAGUCACAACUGCAGCAGCUAAACAGCAUUACUUGCAGUUUAUUAGGUACAGAAGCUAAAACUAAUGCAGACAAAUCCAACAGCUCUGCAAUAAAUUCCAUCUGCAUAAAGGUUGGACUGUUCAGUUUUCCAGAGAGGAGUCCAUGUCAUUUGUGGAGCCUGUUUUUAUCAGCAGCACCACAAACUACAUCUCCCAAAAUCAUCCUGAACAGUUUCAGUAAAAACUGAACGUGCAGGUAGGAUUUAUUGGAGCACGUUGGGUUACAAAGCAUGAGGCUACGUUCACAUUCCAGGCUUUAAUGCAAAAUUUUCUGCUUUUCUUGUAUUGAUGGUUCUUGUUUGCAGCCAUGUAAAAACUGCUGAGGUUCUAAAACCGUUAUGCAUGUGCAUGUUUUACCAGACAAAGCUGCUAGGAUACACGUCCAGCAUUAUUUAACAAGAAACUCCUUCCAGUUUGGCUCGAAUCAAAGCUUCUCCAUAAAAGUUUGAACUUCCUCAUCUUUUUGUUGAACCCUGAAGAUGAUGAUGGUUUAAAUACCUUAAACCUGUAUUUGUUUCUAGCAGCCAGCAGGGGGCGACUCCUCUGGUUGCAGAAAGAGGUCAGAGUGUACAGAAAUCCAUUGAAGUAUUUCUCACUUGAUUUUUUUUCCCCACCUCAGUAAACAUUUUCCUAAUAAGUUCAUGGUCUCAAUCACUAGUUCCACAACUUUUUGAAUACAGCACGAUGUUCACUUAGGAAGUUAUGCUUCCCUUUAGAGUUAAAUAGACAGUAAAGUAGGGCAUGUUUUGUGGCAGGGUUACUUUUUGAUUGAGUUCUUGAACUGUAGUAGUCAACAAACCAAUGUCUAAAGUCGAUGCCACUCCAUCAUGUAAUGUGAACGUAGCUUUAGUUUUGGCUAGAUGUAGCUAAUAAGCUGGUCAUUUAGUUUACACCCUGCAGGUUCUACCACAAUCACACACUUGUGUCCAGUUUCAAGUAGCAUGAGCAGCAGUGGCAGAAAAAAAGGGAGAACCCGUGGUAUUUCACAAUCAACCUCCUCCUCUGCUGCUGGGCUGGAAGAGGAAGCUGCAGGCAGCGUUUGACUGAAAUGCAAACAAGCUGCAACUUAGGGCUUUACUUUCUUUAGGGACUUCUGUGAAUGGCUGUUUAGAAGCAAAUUAUAUCACAUCAACUGACGAUAUUCUAAACCUGCUACAACAUACAUGUACUUCAAGGUUGCAGCACCAGGUUUUGCUCUCUGACGUGGUGUGAAUUGAUCCUUAUAUGCUGGAUAGGAGCAUCUCACCCAACUAACAGGAUAACUUCUAAGUUCUGUUUGUCUCCUCUGCAGCAGCUGGGCAGAUUGUCUGGAGGGAAGGUCUUGUGAAGUGGCUACCAUUCAAUUUAUUUUUCAUUUAAAGCUUUCACAGGCUAUCAGAUACGAACACAGCUGAGGAAGGUGCACUGACCUGCAAGUAAGGAUGUCAGCUUGCAUCUUGGAGCUGUCUUUUAGUGACAUAUUCUCCAUUUUCACAACUUCUGCAUCAAAUAUCGAAAUGUUACACCACUCAAUUUAUUCACUCGCUAUAUUUCCUAAAACACACACUUUCUGCCCAGCCUUGUGCUGCACAUGAGAGAAAGCCAGCAGCCUUUAAACUCAGCAUCAGGGUGUAUCAUCUCUCAGGGUCGGCUCCUCUCACUGUUUGCUGCCACUAACAUUGUCAGUGCUCCAACUCACCCUUGUCCUUCUCCUCUGUGCUCUGUUGGUGAUGUCUGCCUGCCUGCGCCACUCUGCUCCUCAUGCCUGCCUCCACCCUCAUACAGUCGCAUGUUUUUAACUCGUCACAAACAUGAUGGGGUCCGUCAUCCAUGAAGCGCGUGCAUCUCCGGCCGUGUCGUGUGUCGAAUGCUGUGUCGUUGUUCUAAUGAAGUUCCGGCAUGAGUGUGAUUUAUUUAUGUUUGUCUCUUAGAGCUACUCAGAUAGCAGGACUAUCAGGGGAAUACAGGACCUCUCCUCCUCCUCCUCCUCCUUUCCUCCUCCUCUUUCUUUUCUUUUCUUCUCGGGUUGUGAUUCCAGCAAUCGACCAGCAGAUGGCGUCCUUCCUUCACCAAAACGCAGCUCCAUCCGAACUGGACCACUUUUAAACAAAAAAAAGAAAAGAGGAGCUCUGUUCUUGUUGCAGUUAAGACUCUGCCUUAAAACUCCACGUUGUUCUACCGUGGAGGGGUUUUUUUUGUUUUUUUUUUUCCUCACACAUACCUGAGUGUGUCUGCUCUUCCGCCUGACUACAUCUCCCAUCAGCCACCUGGGCUCACCCCUCACCUCCACAGGGGGACUCUCAACUGCGUCUCCGUGAAAAGGUUUUCUAUGUAAUCAGUUGUAUUUGCGAAUGUGACGACACGCACCCAUGUAACCUGCAACAUGUACGGAAGACCAAACACGCCAAAAUUCAUGCGUCGGUUGUUUGAUUUUCCGCACACAUCAACAAAUAAACGUGUGCACAUGUGCGCUCGUUACAUGUGUGACGUUAGUUUUUACCAUUGAAUGAUUUGUACAUAUUAACAUCUGUUGUCAUGCUGAAUGUGUUUCCAUGGUGAUUGUUUUUAGGUUUGUUUGUUUGACCCUCUUCGUGAGAGACAACAAGGUUUGAAUUGAACCGAUGCACUUUGCCCUGAUUUGAAUCUGAUUAAAUGAAAGAGUGAAUGAAUGAACGGAUGAAUCGAGGUCUGUGGCGUCUGCUGAGAGACGUCUGAACUUUCCGAAUGACCACUGUGUCGUAGCGAGAAACAAAAAAAAACGGUUGAGUAAUUUUUCUUGUUAAUGGUUUUAUACUCUUUUUCUAACUUUUCUUGCAUGAUUUUCUAGAUUCUUUGGAUUCAUUCAUCUCUCUGGUGAUUGUUUUUAAGCCGCUCACUGUAUCUGUUUUGUAGACUAACAAACAAAAUUACACAGCUAGACUAUUUAACAAUAAUAAAUUAAAAAAAAAAAAAAGCCACUAACGAUUCUUCAUAUCAAACUAAUCCAACAGCAGGUGGCCGCGCCUUAGUUGUAAUCGGUGUUUCUUCGAUGAAGCUGUGAAAUGUGCAGAACGAUGCUGUAAAUGUUGUUACUUGAACUUUUCUUUUCCUCUUCAAGUCACAGCUUCCAUCUGUGACCACUUUGGCGGUCGGCAAGAGUUAGGCGUUUUUGAAAAAAACAAAAAGGAACCGUUUGUUUUUACACUUUUGGUUAAAUCUGUUUCCCAAUCUUCAUGCUAAGCUAAGCUAAAUGGCUUCUGCUUUAGCAUACAGAUGUGAUAAUAGUAUCAACAGAUAUUUCCCAAUACAUCCUGAAGCUAUUCCUGUCAGAUUCCCUCCAUACUGAGUGAGUGCGUUUCAUUUGCUUGGGCGCAAAUGAAAGAAACCCAUUAGUUUCUGCAGCCAGAUGUUGUAUUUAAAGACGAUGCCUUUUAGACAAGCACAAAAAUUCAUCAAUUCUUUUUGCUUUUUUUAUAUAUAUGUAUGAUGCCACGGUUUUCCAAACGAGGGCCAGCUACAGUCGGAUGCUUACGACUCGCUAAACAAAGCUAGAAUGACGUAUUUUCUGGCCUUCUUUUGAAAGCUGUGAUAUCAGAUUAAUGCCUCGUUUCCACAGAGCUCUAUUCAAAUGCGGGUCAACUGGAAGUUUCUUUCUAUAGUAGGCCAGUAAUCUGAUGUAUUUAUUUAACUUUUCAGUCCACAACUUCUCUCGAGUAUGUUGAAAAAGUUGUAAAAUACCUGGAUGUCAGAGGUUAAAAAAAAAAAAACCUGUUCAAGGAAACUGGAGAACAAAUGAGGUGACGGAGCGGUCAGUCGGUUGACUGUGUUUGCAGACAUUGUGUGUAUGUAUAAUUUUAAAAGUAACUAGUUAAGCUAGUUUAACAUGUUCUAGCUGUGUGACAUAUAUUAAGGGUUUAAUGCAACUGGCUUCACACCCGCAGAACGACCGCCUCACUUCUUUCUUCCCAUGAAUCACUGGGCCUGGUUUGGCUCCACGUGCAUUCUUUGUAAAACAGGUUGGCAAAAACUGCUAAAAGUAGCCUAGCUUAAUCCAGCCAUUAAAAAACAUGCAUUUCAUUGGGUUGAACACAAGGUGGCGUGGUCUGUAUAUUAUGUAGAAUUAAGAAAUCCAAACAAAACUGUGUGGAAACAAGGCGUUCGAUUAUUUGGUUCUAGUGGUAAUGCAGUCAUACCAUUAAAGCCAACUCCCAUUUUAAAGCAUUUAGGACUGCUGCUACUAGAUUGUCAUUGCUAAUUAGUUAUUUUAUGACUGUUAAGUCUAUAAAAAAUAUUUAAAAGUGACUUAUUAAAAAAAAAAAAAGUUUGUCUUCCAGAUGCUGGUUCUGUUAAACAAACCGUCCAAAACCCAAAGAUAUUCAGCUUUCAGUGAUGUAGUGAAAAGCAGGUCAUUCUCGCAAGCAGGAACAAAUGAAUGUUUGGGCUUUUUGCUUGAUAAAGUCGAUAACUUGACAGUUUCAGCACCGACACUAAAACUCUGCUUCGUGUUGUAAUUUGAAAUGUGCGCUCAGACAGGAUUCGUUCAUGUCGCAGAGGAGAUAAACCUCCGACAGAGUUUCUUAUCCUAGCUGAACAUUUAUGCAGGGCAUUGUUUUUACCUCGAGUAUAUCAUGCAAACGCUUAAAUAGAUGGUCUUCUCCAAAUUCUCCUUUCAAAAUGUCCUGUUCAGUUUGCAUGAAAGGUCCAUUUGGAGUGUACUGUCCCUUUAAUCAAAUGAGCAAAACACACCAAAAGUCCUGUCAUUUUUUAAAAUCAAUAAUCUACAUAUAAAACUGUGCGUAUUCUAAUGGCCGCUGUGCUGUAACUCCAAAUAUCAGUGCAAAACUACAAAAUAGUAAAUGAGCUUUGAGAUGCAACAGUAAAUAUGAUAAAACGUGCAGUAAGUUCUUGUACAGACAGUGUUUUACUGAAGCCUACUGUGAGCGUGGUGCUGUUUUACCGCCCAGCAAAAACCAGACGUGUUCUUCUCCACAUUCCUCUUCUUUUAAAAAAAAAAACAACAAAAAAAAAACUCAUCAUCACUCGCAUCCUGUGGAAACUUUGUACCCAACAACCAUGUAAAGAUAUUUAAUCUUUUCUUCUUUUUUUUUUUUUAUCAGAAAAGACAAACCACAGCAGGUACAAGGUGUUUUAGCAGGAUAUUAACAUGUAAAUCUGUGUUUUUACCAUGUUGUAACCAAUGGCAGUACUUCUCUCUCCAUAUUGUUGUGCACAUCUUUUUACUUUGAAUGUUGUCCGACACUUUGUGAACAAAAUGCUUUUUUUUUUUUCUUCUUCUUUCAAAAUAUUGUUCUAAUAAAAUAAGCAGCAAUGGAAAAAAAA